GAAGAACAGUGGAAUAUGGGGUCAACCUGGCAGACCCAAAACCCCUUAUUUAAGCCCUAGAUUUCUGGCAAUGAGACUCGAUGAUGCUGUCUUGUCAGAUUUGCAGUUCAAGAGAAUUAGGGCAAGCGACAUUCCAAAGCUCAAUGCAAACUCACGUCUUCCCUCCAAGUAAGUUUCAAAAUACCCAUUCUCCUUUCAGAGCUGGGCCUGGGGUUUUUCUAGGGUUUAGUCUCCGUUACCAGAAUUUAGCAAAGAGACAACACUGUACUAUUCCUAAUGCCUCACCUACUGACCCCCAAAAUGUUGAGUUCAAUGUGAGUUCGCAUAUCCUGAAGGGGGAAUCUAGAGGGAAGAGUGUUUUUGUGGGGUUUAAGCUCCAGUGUCACUCGAAAACUCUGGCUUUUCCUACUAAAGUAUCUUCAGUUAAUGGUAAGAAGAAGAAGAAUAGGUAUGGAGGUGUAUUGCCUUUCAUUUUACGCUCUUUGGAAUCCAACAAUGAUAUCGAAAAAACGCUCAGUGAAUAUUGUGAAAAUCUUAGUCCGAAGGAGCAGACUGUGGUUCUUAAAGAACAGAGGAGUUGGGAAAGAGUUAUUCGGGUUUUCGAGUGGUUCAAGUCGCAAAGAGAGUAUGAACCAAAUGUAAUUCACUACAAUAUUGUGCUCCGAAUACUGGGUAGAGCUCAAAACUGGGAUGAAUUAAGGCUUUGUUGGAUUGAUAUGGCGAAAAAUGGCGUUUUGCCAACGAACAACACGUAUGGAAUGCUUGUUGAUGUUUAUGGGAAAGCAGGACUUGUGAAAGAAGCCCUUUUGUGGAUUAAGCACAUGAGAGUAAGGGGAAUUUUUCCAGAUGAAGUGACUAUGAAUACAGUCGUUCGGGUCUUGAAGGAAGGAAAAGAGUUUGAUAGGGCACACAGAUUUUACAAGGAUUGGUGUGUUGGGCGGAUUGAGCUGGAUGAUCUUGAUUUUGAUUCCAUUCUUGAUGACUCUGGUUCUGAACUCAUUAGUUUUAAGCAUUUUUUGUCUACUGAGCUUUUCAGGACCGGUGGUAGGAUUUCCACUCCAAAAAAUUUGACUUCUUCGGACACUGAAAAUUCAAUUCGGAAGCCUCAACUGACUUCAACUUACAACACACUGAUUGAUUUGUAUGGGAAAGCAGGGCGUCUGGAGGAUGCAGCCAAUGUGUUCGGAGAAAUGUUAAAAUCUGGGGUGGCAAUGGAUGCUAUAACCUUCAAUACCAUGAUAUUUACUUGUGGGAGUCAUGGCCAUUUGUCGGAGGCAGAAGCUUUGCUUGCUAAGAUGGAAGAAAGAAGAAUAUCUCCUGAUACAAAGACUUAUAACAUCUUUUUAUCUUUGUAUGCUGAAGUGGGCAAAAUUGAUAAAGCUCUUGAAUGUUAUAGGAAGAUCAGAGAAGUGGGCCUUUUUCCAGACGUUGUAACUCACAGAACGGUAAUUCAUGUGCUAUGUCAGAGAAACAUGAUUCAAGAUGUAGAGACUGUGAUUGAAGAUAUGGAGAAAACUGGUUUGAGGAUUGAUGAACAUUCAGUUCCUAGUAUCAUUAAGAUGUAUGUUGAAAAUGGAAUGAUUGAUCAGGCAAAGUCUUUUUUUGAACAAUGCCAGAAAGACGGUGGGUAUUCGUCAAAAACAUAUGCAGCUAUAAUAGAUGCAUACGCAGAAAAGGGACUUUGGGUUGAAGCUGAGGAGGUGUUCUAUCGGAAAACAGAUUUGGUUGGACAAGAAUGGAAUGUCAUCGAAUACAACGUCAUGGUAAAAGCUUAUGGCAAGGCAAAGCUUUAUGACAAAGCUUUCUCCCUCUUUAAGAGCAUGAGAAAUCAUGGGACUUGGCCUGACGAGUGCACUUAUAAUUCUCUCAUCCAAAUGUUCUCAAAAGGAGAUUUACCGGAUCAGGCAAUAGACCUCCUAAGCGAAAUGCAAGAAAUGGGGUUCAAGCCAAAAUGUUCAACCUUCUCUGCUCUUAUUGGAUGCCAUGCUCGUCUUGGCCAGCUUUCUGAAGCAGUAGAUAUGCACCAAAAAAUGCUAGAGACAGGGACAAAACCAAAUGAAGUUGUAUACGGGUCUUUGAUCAAUGGAUUUGUAGAAUAUGGAAAUGUUGAAGAAGCACUGAAGUAUUAUCACCAGAUGGAAGAAUUCGGGAUUUCAGCAAAUCAGAUAGUCUUGACGUCGUUGAUAAAGGCUUAUGGUAAGGUGGGGAGUUUGGAAGGUGCCAAGGCGCUUUAUGAUAGGAUGAGAGGUUUUGAGGGUGGCCCUGAUAUUAUUGCAUCCAACAGCAUGAUCAAUCUCUAUGCAGAACUUGGAAUGGUAUCUGAAGCAAAGAUGGUUUUUGAAUAUUUGAGAGAAAAGAAUUUGGUUGAUGAUGUUUCCUUUUCAACCAUUAUGAAUCUAUACAAAACCACGGGCAUGCUCGAAGAUGCCAUCCAAAUAGCGGAGGAAAUGAAGCAGGCUGGUUUAGUAAAAGACUGUGCUUCAUUUUCCAUGGUCAUGUCAUGUUAUGCUGCCGGUGGACAGCUGCGCAAGUGUGGUGAACUAUUGCAUGAAAUGGUUACCCGAAAACUCCUGCCGGAUCCUUGGACCUUUAUGGUACUAUUUACCGUAUUGAAGAAGGGAGGUUUUUCAAUUGAAGCAGUAAGACAGCUUGAGUCAUCUUACCAGGAAGGUAGACCAUAUUCUCGGCAAGCUGUCAUCACCUCUGUUUUUUCUGUAGUGGGUAUGCAUGAUUUGGCACUAGAGUUCUGUGAAGUGUUCACAAAAGUAGAUUUGAAUCUUGAUUCUUCGGGGUAUAAUGCUGCAAUAUAUGCUUAUGGGGCAGCUGGGCAAAUCGACAAGGCUCUAAACAUAUUCCUGAAAAUGCAAGAUGAGAGCCUGGAACCAGACGUUGUAACGUAUAUCAAUCUGGUUGGUUGUUAUGGAAAAGCUGGAAUGGUUGAAGGUGUGAAGCGGAUUUACAGUCAAUUAAAGAAUGAAGAUAUUGAACAGAAUGAAUCUUUGUACAAGGCUAUCAUUGAUGCCUACAAAAGUGCCAAUAGGCAAGACCUUGCCAAUUUGGCUAGCCAGGCAAUGAAAUUUGCCCUUGAAUCGGGGCAAUGCACUGGAUCUGAAACUGAAGAAGAGUCUGAUCAAACUUUUUCAGAUCUUGAAAGUGCAUAAUUAUUUAAAGUUCGAAGCUUUCUAGGCUAUAAUGUGACCAAAGACACCAAUAUCCAUUACUGUGGGCGUUAGGAAGAUAAAUAGUUGAAAGUAUAUUGAAAAAAAAAUGUAUGUAAUUUGUGCACUUCCAUGUAUAAUCGUAAUGUUUCAAAUAUUCCAAUAGUGAAUACAAGUAUUGUUUUGAUA